CCUGCCUCCCGUCCAGGUGAGGAAACUUCCCCAGGUUAGCGUCACCUGUCCGGAGUCAUAGUCUACACAGCAGGGAGCUGACGUGUCUGAGCUGCAGGAGAGGUCAGCGCCGCCGGCUCAGCCAUGGCCGAGUCCCAGCUCGUGUGCAUGGAGGACGGCCACAUCGGAGUCCAAGUCCCGGAGUCCAAACCCGAGUUUUACUACAGCGAGGCGCAGCGCGCCGCCAUCGAGGAGCUGCUGAGGAAUGGAGACGGAGCCUUCAAGACGCGACUGAAAGAUGACAACAUGAAGGAUUUCUUAUCCGCCAGAGAAGUCAAACUGUUGACGAGCACGUUCAGACAGUUCAAGUCCGCUCAGGAGGACAAGCAGGGCGGCAGCAGCCCGGAGCAGGCAGCCGCCGGCUGCGACGCGGACUCGGGGCUCCACUCCACCUACUGGCCCCUGAUGUCGGAGACAGAGGUGCCGCCGCUGGACAUCGGCUGGCCCAGCGGGGGGAUGUUCAAAGGUCUGACCCGCGUGACCGUGCACACGCACCCGCCCAAAGAGAAUGGACCCCACCUUAAAGAGGUGGUGCGGCGGCUCAUUCAGGGGGCCAGCAAGGUGAUAGCGAUAGUGAUGGACAUGCUCACAGACGUGCAGAUCCUGCAGGACCUGAUGGAGGCGGCCUCGAGGCGCUCCGUCCCCGUCUACAUCCUGUUGGACGAACAAGGGGUGCCGCACUUCCUGGACAUGUGCUCCAGGCUGCAGAUCGGCUCCCAGCACCUUCGGAACAUCAGAACCAGAACUCUGCGGGGGAUCGGCUUCUGUUUGUCGUUCGGCAGAUUGCCGGGUUCCCUCUGCAACAAGUACAUGUUGGUGGACGGAGACAAAGUCGUGUUCGGCACCUACAGCUUCUCCUGGUCUGCAGCUCGUAUGGACCGGACCAUGAUCACUGUGAUGACGGGUCAAGUGGUGGACUUCUUUGACCAGGACUUCCGGGAGCUGUACGCCAUCUCUGAGAAGAUGGACCUCUACAAGGAGUUCCACGUCAGCCCGCCUGCUGCUGGCGCCACCGGCACGCUACCGUCCAAGGCGGGGACCAAACGUCCACCUCUACCUGCCACCACCUCCCGCUUCCAGGUCACCUUAGGGGAUUCACGGAACGACAAGAUCGAGGUGCCUGCGCAUAAAUACUACAACCCCAAGUACUCGCUGGCGAUGGGUGACCCCAUACGUCCAGCUGUGUCUCUGCAGGAUCCGAGAACUAAGAGGGGGACGAUCAAAUGCAAGUCCCCUGAGGAGCUGGAGCAGGAGACCGGAGUGACCGGCAGUGAGAGGCUGGAUCGGUUGAGCCCGUUCCCCGCCGAGGCCCCGAGCGAGAUCUUCAAGGGAUCCAAGGCGCAGGACAGGAAGAACACAUGGAGGAGCUUAUUCAAGAAGUCGUCCAGAAAGCUUCCAGAUAACAGCCCGUGCCCCUCACCCACAGAAACCAGUCAGACCGAUGAGACGCAGGACGACGUCAAGGGGAUUGUGAAGAGGCCCUCUAAGUGGAGGGGGAAGAAGGUCCAGAGGACAGAGUCCCAGCAAACCGUCAACUCCACACAGGACACCGAGAGUCUUAAGAAAGACAAAAACAAGUGUAAAGCGUCCUGAGGUGAACCCGUCCUCAGUCUCAACACGGAGCAGGACAGGACGUCCCUGAGACAUACCUCACCUUGGAUUGUGCAGUAUUGUAUUUCAUCCAGUGCCUUCAGGAAAGAGCCAAUAAAUGGAUAAUUCACCAGGUGCUGUGUUCAUGUUUAGUGCCUAAUACAGGAUAAAAUGUGCAAAGCAUCAUGGGAUAUCUGUUGCCGGGUUGGCUGCCUCUUGUUUCUCAUGAACCUUUAGGACUUUAGAUAUUUAGGUUGUUCUCCUUCCCCUUGUGGACACUGUGAGCAUUGCACAUUUUAGUGCACAAAAUGAAAAGUUUGCACAAUUCUUAUGCAGCUGUUGGAAUGUAAAGAUUUGUUUGAGUUUAAAAAUUAAACACUUCAAGUAAAAACCUUUACUGUUUUUCUGUAGAUUAAUUUAUCUGCACACAAAUGUUUAUUUUAAUAUCUAUCUCUGCACUAAAUUGUGCAUUAAAUGGAUUCAGAAAAGAAAAACCUUAUAAGGGCCAAAAUAAGAUGUGUUAAAUAUUUGGAUUGUUCAUUGGUUCUAAACUGAAAAUGAGUUCAGUCAAGUAAAAUAAUAUCAUGUCACAAUUAAAAAUGAUUGGAGCUGAACUGGCUGUUUCAUAACUAGUCAAAAACAUUCCUUUGACUGCAGCUCAGCCUGGUGGUGGCAGACCGUAUUACAAUUGUACAACAUGUAAGAUGGGGCUGUAAUCACUGCACUGCUUGUACUCACCACUAGCUGGCGCUCUGCUCUUGUCUGCUGCUCUCGUCUGGGUCUUUGCCAACAGUUCUGAGAGGAACCACAGGCCUGAGAGGAACUCAUGGUUGAGCUCAGCUACAGGAGGGGGAGGUGAUGCUAGAGGAUGUGCAAGUGGGAUGUGGUGCAACACAGAAACAGGAAGUCAGAGCUGCAGCAGGAAGUAGCAUGCUCGCACAAAUUAACAGUCGAGUUUUACUUAGACACUUCAAAUAGUUGAAUCUUCAUUUUCCUUCCAAGGCAGCUUCACUAUUGUAAAUUAAUAUUCUUCCUGUUCAGGUCACAAACAUAAAGGAAUUGGGGGUUUGAUCUUGGUGCAGAGAGAUUAUGUUUCUGUAAUAUUACGUAAACACCAACCUUGGUAUCCAGAUUGGACCAAGUUACAGGGUGUAUGGCAAUAAAUACAAUUUAACAUGAUUUUAUUUUAAUUAACAGGACUUAAUUUGUAUCUAUUUUGUAAAUAAAGCAUUUUGAGUUGAA